CCAACGGACACCCAACAAACGCACAGCAAUUAAAAUGGCCGCAACAGACUAAUCUAUUCAAGGUCGUCGUUACGACACGGAGGGCAACUUUGAGUGAACCUGAGUUUUGCCGUCCCGGUUAGCAUAUAUGAUUCAGUCGUGCGACAGAAUCCAUGGCUUAAUCAACCUCAUUGGUUCGUUUAUAGUCUCGCCAACAAAAUCUUCAGGCCAUUCUUCAUGUAUCUCGAGUUCAACAGUUCCCACUGUCCCAAUCUUAGGGAAAUGGAACCAAAACCCCUAAAUUUCCCCAGAAUCUCAUUACACUUUGGGGAAAUCGGCUUACAUUUAUUAAUAAAACCACAAACCUUUUCACGAUUUGGGAGAGAUUUUGCGUUUUUCUCCAAAAUUUCCCCUGAAUUUUGCGUUUUCCCCCAAUAUUUUCCCUGAGUUUGGGGGUUUUCCCCCAAGUUUCCCCUCAUUUUUGCGCUUUUUCCCUAAAUUUCCCCUGAAUUUUGCGUUUUCCCUCCUAAUUAGAUACAGUACCAACAAAGUCUACACUCUUUGAAUGUCUGUCAAUCUAUGGGAUGAUUCUGAUUCAGAGGACAACCUGCCAGCUGAAUGGGAACAAACUAGUCAGGGUAAUUUCAUUACGUACUACAACCGCUUGACUGGACUUUCGCAAAGGCCUCAUCCAAUUUCAGGUCAUAUUAAGCAAUUACCACAUGUGUUGCCCAAAGGUUGGUCUUCCUGCUCCGACAAAUCUGGGAGAACAAUUUAUUUAAAUUUAGAAACUGGCUGUUCAACUUAUUCCGAUCCUCGACUUGCUGCUGCUCUUUGGACCCACUCUACAAAAUCAAUUAGAAGUACUCAAUUUAAAUUUGACAGAUUUUCAAGUGUAAAUGAUAUUUUAUUAAAUAAAGAUCUCCGUGGGUUUUACGUUGUUGUAACAAAUUCAGGCUGUGGUCUUGGUUUAUCAAUCGCAGUUCAUCUCGUCCAAUAUGGAGCUACUGUUAUAUGCGCUUGUACUAAGUGUCCAGAAAAUGCUAUUGCUGUAUUUGACAAAACAAAGGGAUAUUAUGAAGGCAGUAUCACUGUAGACUUAACUUUGAAGUCAGUUAAUAAAGAAUCAGGUCAACUGUAUUGGAUACCGUAUAAUCCUUUGGAAUUACAUAGCAUCGUACAAUCCGUUCGUAUAUUACAGUCAUUGAACUGGCCUGUUCAUGCGUGUAUCAUAACUGAUGAUUUGCUUCCUCCUUUCGCUGGUUGGAAUUUCUUUCAAUCUUUUACAAGGAUAGUGUCUUGUUUGCGUGAAAUGAUUCCGUCUAAAGUUUCAUCCUGGUUUCAAUCUAUUUUUAAGUUUGUAACAAACUAUGACAUACAAGUAUUCAGUUGGUUUGGGAAAAAGAUAUUUCCUGCAUGGAUUCCUGCUUAUUCAUGUGAGUGUUCUUCUAAACAUUUUCCGUAUUUAACUUCUGACGGAUUUGAAGUAUCAAUGCAAUGCAAUUAUUUAGCUCCUGCCUUGUUUUUGGAACGAUUGUUAAAAGCAAGAUUUGAUUCUUUACCUUCUCUUUCAACUACCUCGUCAGACAAAACAUUUGACAGCUCAACUUUGCGUGUGGUGAUAGUUUCAUCAGAGAUUCACAAAGAGAGUAAUUUACAACACUGUAUUAAGAAACUGAAUAUAACAAAGAUGUUUCAGACAACCCCAACAUUAUUGCAUGACAGUAUGAGACAAUAUGCGAAUUCCAAAUUAUGUAUGUUAUUAUUUAUUCGUGAAUAUCACCAUCUUCUUCGUCGCUUUAGUGAAACAAGCACAACUUCAUCCACUAUACCUACAAUAUUUACUUGUACUGGAUGUGAUCCAUUUAGUGUGUAUUGCAGCAAACAGUUUUUAAUGAAUCUUUAUCACUGGUCUAUCAAAAAUCCAUUUCUUUUAGUACUACAAAUAGUAUACCUUUUAUCAAGACCAUUUGGUAUGUCUUUGGAUCAAGUGAUUGCUAAUCCUGUACUUUGUACUGUUCACAGAGUUGCAACUUUGCAACAAUCGAUAACUGCUCAUUCUAAACUGAUCCCAUAUUUUGAUAAAUGUCAACCUUCCACUACUUUAUUAGAUGAUCUACCACUUUUUGAAUUGGAUUUUUUAUCUAAAACUAUAUUUACCGAUACCAUGAGUAUUUUUUGUAAAUAUGAAUAAUAAGAAUGUAAAUACGUAAAAUCAAGACGACAACUUUCUCCUCUUUCAUGUUCAUGUUCUUCAAUGUACCUUAACAACUUACGUUUGAAAGUCAUUUGAUUUUUGUUGUCGAAUUCAUCUUUCAUUCCUUAAAUUAAAACAUGCAUUGGUUAGUUUAUCGUAUGUAUUGAUCUUGAAUUUAUUCAAAGUUUUUAAAAACAACCUUUAUUACUAUAAACAGUGAGUGUUUGGGAUAGCGAUAAACUCAAGAUACUACCGAUUUAUGGUGUAUAUGCACAAAAAUGCCUAGAAAAAUCUAUGUUAUGCAAAAUGACAAGUAAUUUGACCAAUCAAACAAAUGUUCAUUUAAUGUAACCAACGAGUAUAAGUCAUCGCGAAGUUGGUUUUAAUCACCAGUAGUAGCAUUUGACUCAAUAUUCAAAAGAUAUCAACCUAACCACAAGAAAUUUGUUUCAAGUUCCCGUAAAAUGACACAAAACGCCUCCCCAGUUUGCCUUAGCACUGGUUUUACAGCCGUUAUCGUCUACCAAUUAAAAAUUGCAUUCUAGUUCUACAAGUCAGCGCUUUCUACUUUUGAAGGGUUGAGGUCGUUUUCUUAUAUAGUGCUCUCUCAUAUCCAGUAUCCUCAUUCAAUUAUCCGUAAAUUUGUGGUUAUAGUUUACUGUUAAAAUGGUGAUUUCAAAUUUGUCAGAGUUACAAGAUCUAAUUUACAUUUGGCAAACUAAAACCGUCAUUUUACUGGUGCAUCGUUAGUGCUCAAUAACAACGUACCUAACAGAAUACUAAUAUUGCGUUGCGGCUACCACCCUAGUAUUUAUUCAUGCUUGAAAUCAGACGAUAUUAAUACUAGUUAUAGAAUUGAACGAUUUUACGGAGUCCUAAUUAUUUCGAAUAUUAUUUUCGCAAAGGAUAUAAGUCCCUAGACUUUUGGAAAGCAUCGAACACUGGACAGUCGUUCUUUGGUACUGCUCGACAAGUCACUCUUACUUUAUGUGUAUUCAAACCGAUGACAUUCGAAUGUAGUGGGAACAGUGUUAAAAUUAAAUCGCCCAUGAUCGAUGUCGACUUCUUAAAUGUCUACAGCUAAAUUUAUCAAGUUAAUUGGUAUAUUUCUCGACCACAUAGGUACGAUAUUUUGAUCGAAACGAAAUAGUGAGUAAGCAAAACAAACCAUUUUGUUGGUUUUCCUAAAAUCAACCAUUUAUUCCAAAUAUUUAGCAGAAACCUUAGCUUCCCUAUCGGUUGAAUUUCUUAGUGACUAACUUAGCUGUUUUGUUUUCUAUGAUAUUCCAGGAGUUACUGUUCUUUUUUUAUUACUUUCACACUCCAUCCAGUUUUUUUUUGAGUGAAUAGAAAAUCAAAUAUCAGGUUGUACUAUUCUCAAUUUUAUAGAUAAGGGAUUUUGUUGAAGAAU